CUGUCUUACUAGUUUUAUUGUCAUCUCUUGUAUUAUUAUAAUCUUUUUGAACUAAAGUAUGAAGUGGAUUUUCUACUAUUGUUUAUAAUCAAUACCCUAAUAUUCACUUUCAAUUUAUAUUAGCUGCAUACAUCGAAAUUAUUAGCAUUAACUUCUAAUACUACAUUUUUGUCACCUUUUUCAAAAUGAAAGAAAACGAAACAUGUACACUUAAAAAGAAACCAAUAAAAUUGCGAAACCAUGUUUAUAGAACAGAAGUAUUUGACACAUUACAUGUUCACAGUAUAGAAAAAACACUAUGCUCUCAACAAACCUGUUUGGGAAGCGUCAUGUCAUCAUUGGGGCAUGGAAAUGAAGUAAGAAAAUCAGAAGAAAUAUUAAAAUAUGCAAAAGAUUUUCUUCAACAAUAUUUUUCGACCAUAAAGAGAUUGAAUAGUGAAGCACAUCAACAAAGAUGGAACUAUAUAAAAAAUGAAGUACUUUCUUCAGGUUCGUAUCAGUUAACAGAAACGGAAUUGAUAUUUGGAGCCAAAUUGGCAUGGAGGAAUGCUUCAAGAUGUAUUGGAAGAAUUCAAUGGUCAAAGCUCCAGGUAUUCGAUUGCAGAUAUGUAACAACAACUAGUGGAAUGUUCGAGGCAUUGUGUAAUCAUAUAAAAUAUAGUACUAACAAAGGAAAUAUUCGAUCGGCUAUUACUAUUUUUCCACAACGAACAGAUGGAAAACAUGACUACCGUGUAUGGAAUCAACAGUUAAUAAGUUAUGCUGGCUAUAAACAAAAUGACGGAUCCAUUUUAGGUGAUGCUGGGAAUCUUGAAUUUACUGAAAUUUGUACGAAAUUAGGUUGGAAAGGUCAAAAAACUCAAUUUGAUAUACUUCCUUUAGUGUUAUCGGCCAACGGUCAUGAUCCGGACUAUUUUGACAUUCCAAAGGAACUCGUUUUAGAAGUUCAUCUAGUCCAUCCAAGUUACGAUUGGUUUAAAAGCUUGAAUCUUAAGUGGUAUGCUGUCCCUGCAGUAUCUAACAUGGUCUUUGAUUGCGGCGGCUUAGAAUUUACAGCCGCUCCAUUCAAUGGUUGGUAUAUGAGUACAGAAAUUGGAUCAAGAGAUUUAUGUGAUAUUAACCGAUACAACUUACUCGAGACGAUUUCUCAAAAAAUGGGACUAGACAUACGAAUGUCUGCAUCACUUUGGAAAGAUAAAGCUAUGAUUGAAAUGAAUCUAGCUGUAUUAUAUAGUUUCCAGAUGAGAAAUGUAACUAUCGUAGACCAUCAUACAGCUUCUGAAUCUUUCAUGAAACAUUUUGAAAAUGAAUUAAAAUUAAGAAAUGGAUGUCCAGCCGAUUGGAUUUGGAUUGUACCGCCAUUAUCAGGAUCAUCUACAACAGUUUUUCAUCAGGAGAUGGCUCUAUAUCAUCUCAAACCAUCAUACAAUACACAAGAAGCUGCUUGGAAAACGCAUUUAUGGAAAAAAAAUCGAGAAAAAAACUGCACAUCCAAAAAUCUCAGAAGAAAAUUUCAUUUCAAACAGAUAGCAAGAGCUGUCAAAUUUACAUCUAAGUUAUUUGGUCGAGCAUUAUCGAGACGUAUAAAAGCUACGGUUCUCUACGCUACAGAAACUGGAAAAUCACAGAUGUAUGCUGAAAAACUUAGUCAACUAUUUAGUCACGCAUUUCACUCGCAGGUAAUGAGCAUGGCUGAGUAUGACAUAACGAAUAUAGAACAUGAAGCUCUACUUCUUGUUAUUACUUCUACAUUUGGAAAUGGUGAUCCACCUGAAAACGGAGAGGUUUUUGCUCAGAAUCUUUAUGCUAUCAAAAUGAAUGAUGUUUUGACAGAUGGAGACAAUAAAAUCAAUAUAAUCACCCUCAUCAAUGAAAAUGUAAAUAUCCCCAAGUAUCAGAGCAAGCAAAAAUCUGUGCCAACUGUCGACGGCAGACCGCAACCGGAUUUAUCUCCAUCUAAUGCUAAAAUAGCUAAAGUAGACUGUGAUAAUGAAUAUCACUUAGCAGGUGUGGCAGUUCUUGAACAAAUAAAGAAAAAAUUUUCAGAGUCAACAAUUAAACAGGACCGAAUACAAUUACUUACUCUUGCUCCUGAAUUUUAG